AUGCAGCUGAUCUGACCUUACACUAGUAUAUGCAAUGAAUUCUUAAUAGGAAGGAUUUAUGCUUGAUAAAUUAUAGUUUGUGACAUUUUAAGUUAUGCUUUCUAAACUUUUUUGUUGCAGAAUUAAAUCGUAAAUUAAAGAAAUAGGAGCCAUGGCUACAGUGGGUUUACACAGAGUUAGGAUGUUUAAACCAUUCAUUCUGACUAGAUUUGGUUCUAGUCCCAGCUUCUGUUAUUUUACCCGAAAUAGGAUAUGUCCAAAUCUGUCAGGCAGGGUAACCUGUACACCGCUGAACAAUACCUUAAUAUGCAGAGGUGUAGGAUUUCCCAGUCUGAGAAGUCUGUCCAGUCUCCCUCCACCACCUCCGUCUGAAGGGGACAAAUCCACCAAGAAGAGUACAGGUCCAGUGACCUGGAAAUCUCUUGCUCUUACACUCGCCCUUGGUGGGACUCUUUUACUUGGAAUGAAAUACUUCAAAAAAGAGAAAGAAGAAAAGCUUGAGAAGGAGAGGACCAAGUCUUUAGGGAAACCUGCCCUUGGAGGUCCGUUCUCUCUCGUUGAUCACAACAAUAAGCCUUCUAAAAGCGAACACUUCAUUGGCAAGUGGGUGCUGAUCUACUUUGGAUUCACACACUGUCCGGACAUCUGUCCAGACGAAAUUGAAAAAAUGAUCACCGUCGUGGAUGAAAUCGAUAAGAUAAAGACGCUUCCAGAUUUAACACCAAUUCUUAUCACAAUCGAUCCAGAAAGAGAUACGUCAGAGGCCUUGGCAGCGUAUUGCAAAGAGUUUUCCCCAAAGCUUAUAGGCAUGACAGGAACAACACAACAAGUUGAGCAGGUGUCCCGAGCCUACAGAGUGUACUAUAGCCAGGGUCCAAAAGACGAGGACAACGACUACAUUGUCGAUCACACCAUCAUUAUGUACUUGGUGGGACCUGACGGUAAGUUUCUGGACUACUACGGGCAGAACAAGAAGGCAGCCGAGAUCUCCUCCUCCAUCGCAUCACACAUGAGAAAGCACAGACGGGCCAGUUAGGAAUAGAAGGAAAAUGCAAAAUGGUCCAACAUUCCUCUACAAAUCAUACAGGACUAGUUAAUUGAUGAUUAAAGCAAACACUGGUUUUACUCUGUAUAAGCAGUAAUUAUUGUGUAAUUAUUAUAGUGUUAUGUUUCUGUUAUUAAGCCCAUUUUUAAUAUGUAUGUUAUUACACCCAGCAGGAUCAGACUUGGCCUGCAUGCUACCAUCAUGCAACACUGCUUCAGUCAGUGUGUAGAUUCAGUGCGUAUACAUUCUCUCUUUCUCUUUUCUAAGGCGAAGCCCAUUUUCUUGAAGGCCAAGUGUAAUUUUCUAUGGAAAAUCUAAUAACGUCCCAUCCAAUUAUUGUAGACACUUAUCCUGAUCACCCUCAGUGGCUUCCACUUCCUGUGCAUCAUCUGAAUCUGAAAGUAGAUCUGUAAUUUACAACCCUGCAAAAAAAAAAAAGAACUGGACAAUAAACACAAAAAGAUAGCGCAUUAAAUACCAAUUAUUAUAAGUUAUCCAGAGUUUAUUUUAUUAUAGUUGGUCGGCACGGUGGCUCGGUGGGUAGCACUGUCGCCUCACAGCAAGAAGAUCCUGGGUUCGAUUCCCAGGUGGAGCAGUCCGGGUCCUUUCUGUGUGGAGUUUGCAGGUUCUCCCCGUGUCUGCGAGGGUUUCCUCCGGGAGCUCCGGUUUCCUCCCUGAAUCCAAAGACAUGCAAGUGAGGUGAAUUGGAGAUACAAAUUUGUCCAUGACUGUGUUUGAUAUUAAAAACUUGAACUGAUUAAUGUAACACAUGAUGUGUAAAACACGGCGUUAAAAUCCAAAUAAAACAAAAAUAAAUUUUAUUAUAGUCUUUUAAAUUGGAAAGAA